AUGACCACCAUUAGGGGCACAGACACCACCGCCGAUGACACUGCAGACACCGCCGCCGAUGACACCGCCAAUGACACCGCUGCAGACAUGCCUGAUGACAUGACCGACGAUAUGCCUGUGGAGCUGCAAAGAAAGCGGAACGAAUCAUUCCAAUCGAUGGGCAAGGCCUCCCGACUAAGAUCAUUUCUCCGCAACAUUUUUUGCUGGCCUUGCUGCCUGAAUGACAACAAAGGCACCAUCUCGGGGAGUUCCCACAGCUCCACACCAUCACUUCCUCGGUCCAUGGAAAAUGUCAUCAUUCGGGUCCGCCUCGAAAACGGCCGUGGAAAGGUGUCCAUAAAAAUAUUGGUGACCGACGAAGAGAGAUCCCCAGCCGUCAUACAGCGAGCCAUGGCUAAACACAAUCUGGAUGGCAACUGGCAGGAUUAUCAUCUUGUCCUGAUCGUCUCCAAAGACAGAGGGAAACGAAUCAUUCCAAUCGAUGGGCAAGGCCUCCCGACUAAGAUCAUUUCUUCGCAACAUUUUUUGCUGGCCUUGCUGCCUGAAUGA